GCGCCGCGCCGGAGGAAGCGGCCGCAACCGGAGGCGCAGAGGAAGCACUGCGAACGGUUAGUGCCCCAGCCCCUCACCGUCCGGGCCGCCGGUCGGGGUCUGCGGGGCCUGCCGUGACCCUCGACACCAAGCACUGAGUGAGCGGCGACACCAGGACCAUGGCCAUGGCCAUCGUGGUGGCUCCGUCUUCCUUAGCCCUCGGGGUCUCGAGCACGGCCGCGGCCCCCAGCUCGUACGGGGUAUUCUGCAAAGGGCUCUCCCGCACCCUGCUCGCCUUCUUCGAGCUGGCCUGGCAGCUGCGCACGAAUUUCCCGUACUUCUACGUUGCGGGCUCCGUGAUCCUCAACAUCCGCUUGCAGUAGAGAUUUUCAGUCCUAAAGAAGAUACGUAGGGCAGUAAUGCCAGGAAUGUGAGGAAGAGCCUCCAAGAAGACAUUUGAACUGAAAGGAGCCAUUAUUUGCCAAGGUAAAGAUUUAAACUAUUUGCAGUUUCUAUAUUUCCACUAACUGUGUCCAACAAACAAGUAUACUCUAGGGUUGUAAAAUAAGCGCCCCAUUCAGCACCCUGUCUAGAUUAGUCUCCAGCCAAACUAUUGAACACAUCCUCCUCUUGAUACUUACACUUCCUUCUGCCUUCCCUACUCUUCCUGUCCCUGCUCCUCUGCUUGUGUGUUAAGGCUGAACUUGUCAACUUUUUUCAUCAGGGUUUUCCCAGAUUCCUCUGAUCAGAUUAGAGUUCAUUUCUUUUAUUCCAUCUAAGGGUUGUGUUAAUAGCAAUUUUUAUCAUUUUCAUAGGCUACCUUAUUUUUGCCUAAUUAUUCAUCAUCAGAUUUUUUUUUUAAUAUCAAGGAAGACAGAUUUCUAUAAUCUGUUCCCCUAGUAAUUACAUAUUGCUGUAAUUGAGUAUGGGAACUAAGAUAGUUUAAUCUAAAAUGCCAUAAAUGUAAUUUGAAGAUAAGGGACUUAGAAAUGGUGGGCAUCAUUAUUCCUAGAUGAGGAGGCACUAAUGUCUCAGUAACAUAAAAAAAUGUGAUUGCCAUUAGCCUUGGAAUGGUGAGAUACAGAGAUGCUUUAUUUGGGUGGCGAUAAUGAACAUGUGCCCUCUUUUUUUUGUUUUUUAACCAUGUGCCCUCUUCAGCCUGUUUUUUCAGAUCAGUCUUCUUUAUGCUGAAGAAACUAAGGCACUUUAGCAGACUUAUUAUUUAUCAUUUCUCCACCUAGAUUUGACGCAUUGUGAGUAAAGAUACUGUAUUUUACAUCCUGGAGUAUCAACAAAUAUGUAGUAGAAACCGAAUGAAAGCUCUUUGAUUUAAUAUUUAUUCUUCACAAUUGCUCU